AAGAUCUGGAAAAGAGAAUGAAGAAAAGCCAACGAAUUUUACCUGCAAUGAUCAAUGCAUUAAUUAAAUCAAUAAAUAUUUCACAAUCAAAUUAUGAACGUUUUUACUUAACAUUUGAUCACUCUCAUAGACUUCGGUCCUAACAAUGGAGGGCGAUAAUACGUAUUCUUCACAUGACGCUUCCCUACACCCGUUCACGUGUUGCUGCGACGGCAUUUCCAUCACGAAGUCGCCCGUUAUGAUGAUUCCGUCCGAUUGCUGCUCGGAUGUCGAUCGAUGCGGGCACGUCAAUUUCAAUCGUGACUCCUGGUGCCAGAUGCAUCGGCCAGAUUUCCGUAACUGUCCGAUGGUGGUCGGGAUCAGAGACGCCGCACAAGUCACAGCUGGGACACGCUCUCGCACGGGACGACCGGAUAGGUGAAGACGGCUUAAGCGUUCGAACAUGUGUAGAAACACGAAACUCGAUACUUCCUACACAAACUAUCGCCGGACAUCGUAGCCGUCCGAUCGAUACUAAUGGUGUGAUCUACGAUCUCGUGGAUCCGCUGGGACCGACCGCAAAUCGUCGACAAAUCAGGAAGCGCUGUCCCGAAAUUCUGAUCCUGGUCGCAGGACUUCCGAGGUAGCUCUGAGAGCAACGAGGUCGAUUUAUCGUGGAUAAAUUUGAAAAAUAAAUGAUGCAGUGGGCAAAUCAAUGAGCGAGAGCUUGAAUAUAUCCCCGAGAGGUGUGCGUUAUUGUGCGCAAAAUGUGUAACAAAGGAUAACAAUUUCUGAAGGUACUUGUGCGAGAUUCUGUUGCUGCAUCUUAUUUCGUAUCUUCUUCGUGCUCGAUGACUUGACCUUUGAUUGCUGACUAUUCGCGAUACUUUGAUCUGUGUUAUAAUAUACGAUAUAUUAUUGAGGAUACGAUUAGUGAAACAUGAUGAGGAAGGAGACACAUGGAUAUAAUAACAAUUUAAAGACUCUCUCUCUCUCUCUCUUUCUCUACACUACUCGGAUGAGCGAAGUGCAUUUGUGAUUUGAUAAUCUCGCCAAGUCAACGAGUCAGCAUUUCGUGUAAUGACUCAGACGCUGAUAUCUCAAGCACGACGAAGAUUGUUGUGUCACCUUAGCUCCGCUUAGCUGACUCUAGCAAGCGGUGAUGGGGAAAAUUUUCUUAUCAAAUUUAGAAAUCAACUUUAAAAUUCAGAGUUGUUAAUUCAGCUUCUACAAGAUUGAUUGCAACCUUGACGUUUACGUAAGUCCGAAAUUCGCAAGUUCGAAUUUGUUAAGCUGAAGAGCAAUUUUGGUUCCUGAAGAGAUUACUCCCCUCUUUCAAUUAUUAACUAGAAUCUGCAGAAGUAUCGCAGAAUAUCGCCGGUUCGCAAAAUUUGAGAAGUUUUUGAGAAAUUUGAAACUUGACAGGCAAACUAUGAAACGACUAAAUCAGAUGUUAACUGAUUCACAAGAUGAUUCACAAAGCAUAUGUUUUUGAAUUUGAUACAACGACGAAGAUUGUUGUGUCACCUUAGCUGCGCUCAGCUGACUCUAGCAAGUAAUAAGGAAAAUUGUCCCAUCAAAUUUAGAAAUCAAUUUUAAAAUUCAGAGUUGUUAAAAUUCAGCCGCUUCUACCCAAAAUUAAUCGCAACCUUGACGUUUACGUUCGUAAAUCCGACUGUGUUAAAAUAAAGAGCAAUUUUGGUUCUUGAAGGGAUUACUUCUCUCUUUCAGUUAUUAAUUAGAAUCUUCAGAAGUAUCGCAGAAUAUCGAUUCUCAAAAUUGAGAAAUUUAGAACUUGACGGACAAACUAUCAAUGAAACGAUUAAAUCAAAUGUUAACUAAUGGCGAUUCACAAAGCAUGUAUUUUUGCAUUUGAUACAACGACGAAGAUUGUUGUGUCACCUUAGUUAACUCAAGUAAAAUUAAUUCUCUAAGUAAUAAAUAAUUCUGUUGCCUUUUGUACACCAAAAAAUCAGCUGCAAGUCAGCAGUUCACCAUUUUUUCCUACCUUUUGUUUACCUCGUUCUACGUUUAGCGGCAACAAUAUACGUAUCGCGAUAACACGGAUGCUCGGCUUUUAAAUGUGUACCGCCCCGAAUGUAAAGAAUCCGCUAUUGCUCCCUGCACGCGUAAAUCCCAUGUGACUGAAAAGAAGCCGUUGGUGGGGGGAUACGUGUUGCCGGGAUGUCGAAGAGGCAAGAGCAACGGUUCAGUUUUGCUUAAGACGAUCUUAAGUUGUGUUGUUCUGCUGCCGUCCUGCUUCACUUGGUCCGUCCGCGACAGUCAACGAUGAUCUCGACUGACCGAUCGCGGAAGAGGCUUGCGCCCAUAAGGGACAGUACGUUGCACCGUGUGUGAUGCUUCGGGUCUAGGUGAAACAUUCACAAUCCCCGACGUCAUGAAACGCAGCAAUUCUUCUUCAGACACGCUGGAUUUGAACUUGUACCAUCACCAACAUAAUAACUACCAACUCCAGAAUAACAACAAUAAUUCGAUCGACGUCCUUGCCACGUCCAGUGGAAGCCCGCAGGAAGUCGUAAUGAAGGAAAAAAGCAAGAACGCAGCGCGAUCGCGCCGCGUUAAAGAAAAUCAGGAAUUCCUCGAGUUGGCGAAGCUGUUACCACUUCCAGCCGCCAUUACGACCCAGUUGGAUAAGGCCAGCAUCAUCCGAUUGACCACUAGUUAUUUGAAGAUGAGAGCCGUCUUCCCUCACGGUCUCGGAGACGAAUGGGGCGCCGCACCACCGCCCAACAAUCCCCUGGAAUCCUCCAUCAAGGAGUUAGGUUCCCAUCUCUUACAGACUCUGGGUGGAUUUAUAUUCGUCGUGGCUCCCGAUGGAAAAAUAAUGUACAUAAGCGAGACAGCUAGCGUGCACUUAGGUUUGUCCCAGGUGGAAUUAACAGGGAACAGUAUAUUCGAGUACAUUUACCCGGACGAUCGUAACGAGAUGGUUUCGGUGCUGAACCUUCCACAGAGCCCCACGGAUCUCGCGGGCUUCACAUUUCCGCCCCCGAAUACGCGGGGUGAGAUCGAACUGGAACGUGCCUUUCUCCUGAGAAUGAAGUGCAUUCUAGCAAAGAGGAACGCAGGCCUCGUCACCGACGGAUACAAGGUGAUACACUGUUCCGGCUAUUUAAAAUGCAUCAUAGAGGUGCCCAUCGGAUCCGAAUACGAGGAUGGUGUUGGCCGUUGUAUUCGUAAUGUCGGCCUAGUGGCGGUCGGCUAUUCGCUGCCGACGAGUUCCAUAACAGAAAUCAAAUUGGACAACAACAUGUUCAUGUUCCGAGCAUCGCUUGACUUGAAACUCAUAUUUCUCGAUUCGAGGGUGGCACAAUUAACAGGAUAUGACCCGCCGGAUCUCAUCGAGAAAACUCUGUAUCACUACGUGCACGAAUGUGAUAGCCUGCAGCUGCGACAUGCUCAUCGAACUCUGUUAUUGAAGAACCAAGUAACUACGAAGUACUACAGGUUCCUGUCAAAGAGUGGUGGUUGGGUCUGGAUGCAGUCAUACGCAACGAUCGUGCAUAAUUCGAGAAGUUCGCGGCCGCAUUGUAUCGUCUCCGUGAACUACGUGCUGACGGCCACUGAGAACACAGGUCUGAUUAUGAGUUGCGAGCAGAAGUCAUCUUGCUCAAGCCCCGGGAACCCGCCGAGCGCCCCCGUCUCAACACCCACGAUCGCCGUGAACGAUCUAGAUAAUCACAGUCCGAGUCCUCCUGUCUACCGCAGCAGAACCAAGGAGCCGCCCGACACCGACUACGCGGACAGCUCCGGUUACCCAAACUCGGAUUAUAUGACUACGGGCUCGACGAACCACAAUCACUAUCUGUCAUCAUCACCAUAUGCGCCGCACAGUGUCAAUGGUGCGACCCACGAAGACAGUGCUUAUUACAACGCGGACUUGUUCUAUCAAUAUGGAGAUCUCCAUCAAGAUCCCGUGAAUCCCCUACAGCACCAACAAGAAUCGCACCAUCAGCACCUUCUGCGUCACGCUACUUCUCUGACGACCAUCCAGCAACACAGUCCGCAGCAUAAUCAACAGAAGCGACAGCAUCCGCAGCACCUGCUGCAUCAUGUGACUUCCCUGGCAAGUCUCGACCAACAGCAGCAGCAGCAGCAGCAGCAGCAGCAACAGCAGCGGCAGCAACAACAGCAGCAGCAACACAGUCCCCAAAGCCAACAGAAACGACCCUACUCGACGUCAUCAAGUUCUGGUGGCAGCACUGACGGUCUGGAUGCGCACCUAACAAAUUCUAUAAACCUGCUGCCAACAGGUUACCACUUGUCGCAUCACCAUCACAUCACUGCAGAUUCGACGUCGGCGGCGACGCUGAAUGAGGCAGGCAGUGUCAUCAUGUACCCGAACUGCGCUUUCAACAACAACGAGGGUUACAAUGCUGCACCGUUGCAGCACCACGAGGGUUAUCAACAGGCGGCCCAUCCGCAGGGUCACCAUAACGGCAACGGGACAGUGAAGCACCCGCAUCAUCACCAUCUGGAAGCUACACCAGCCGGCUACACUAGUGUGAUUGUUGACUCACAGCAAUACAGUCCAAGCACUGUGUCCCAAGACUUGCACGUGCAUCAGACGGCACCGACGGUGAGCGACGGCACGUCGCCGAUACAUCAUCAGCCGCACUACGAAACGCAUCAUCAGUUUGUUCACUGACACCAAUUCGAGGUGCCCUGCGCGUAGCACUUUGAUACUGCUUGCGACGAUGACGCGUGCGGGCAUCAUCAUCAUCAUCAUCAUCAUCAUCAUCGUCAUCAUCAUCGUCGUUAUCAUCAUCAUCAGCAGCAGCAGCAGCAGCAGGAACGUUGCGCAACGACAGAGUGCAACAGAGAACACUAUGCUGGACAUCAGGUGAAUAGCGGAUCUUAUAGUGAAUCAGAAUCUCACGUUACUUACGUUGCGUCCUACAAGCGACUCUGGAAGAUGCAAGACAGAAAUGUUCCUACUUUGAAGGAUUCGUAAUCUUCCCACCGAUUAAAUUGGUUGGGAUAAUUUUGUUGUUUGAAUUAAAAAUGACUAAAAUAUUUGCAUCCCUCGAUAUUAUCGCUUAACUCGACGCAUUAAAUUAAAAAUGAUAAUUUAUAUGUUGGUAUACAUAGAAAUUUUAAGUAAUCAGAUAAUUCUAAAGAUGAGAUUGACGAAACAUUCAAAUUUUAUAUUUUGUUAUACAGGGUGUCCCAGAGAGCUCGUGUGACAGUCGUUAAUGAGAGAUUCUUGAAAAUAUUUGGAGAUAAAAAUCCUAAUACCAAAAUGUUGAAGCUAUAAUAGUUUUUAAAUGGAAAGCAUUUGAAGUUGACCAAUCGAAUCGUCUAACUUUCGCGCGCUCAGGCACGGUACAUUGCACAGUAGUGACAGGCUCUAAGUGCCCUGAGUCUGGAUCAUAUGUGAUAUCAAUUUUUGAUACUUCUUUUUAUUUAUACGUCGAUAAUGAAUGCGUAAAAUAUUCUAUUCAUUCAUUCUAAAGCAGGCCCUAGACGGUCAAUAUUAUUGCUAAUAUUAAUGACAUUCUCUCUCUAGACACUGCAAUAGUAACUCUCAAAGCAAUAAUUUAAUUUCUAAGAAAAUGUUGACGAUUCGAUUGGUCAACUUUAAGCGCUUCCCAUUCAAAAACUAUUGUAGCCUCAACAUUUUGGGAUUAGGAUUUUCGUCUCCAAAUAUUCUCAAGAAUCUCUUAACAGUUGUCACACGAGCUCUAGGACACUCUGCAUAUGUUUUCUUGUAAGUUUUAGUUUUGUGUUUUUCUUUAUUUUUAAUUUUUUAGAUAACUACUCGUAUCUUUUGUUUUUGUUUUUUUCUUUUAUUUUAGGUGACUUCUUCAAAUUAACCGACACGUGAUGCUGCUUCGCGUAGAUUCUACGGCAUAGAAUAAGGAAUUGCAAGAAAGCAUUUAUCUGUGCAUCGGGCUUCAAGAUGGAAGUAAAAUCCUACGAUCUUACGAUUCUACAAUUUUUUCUUUUCAUGUUGUCAUCUCACAAUAAAAUUGUAAUCGAUCGCAACAUCGAUGACUGUAGCAGUGAUGAAAGUAGCAUUUUCUUUUGUGUGAGACAUCUUCCUCGACGUCUCAAAUUCAAAUCGAGAGAAGCACAACCGCUGACACAUGUUCUUCAGAUAACAUGAUAACAUGAGCCAAUCUACGCGUAGCUAUUUUGUUCGGCGCAGGUGCGAUCCAGACAUAUCGUGAGUCUGGCUGCAGUCUAGUUGACGUUUCAAAUUCCUCAGAACACUUUCUAUCCUUUUUCUUCUUUCAAAUAAAAAGAAGGAAAUUAUUUUAAAUUUCGAACAUCGACUGAACUACCAAUCUCUAUCCAAUAAAACGUGUACACGCACAUCCUGUUAGCUAUGCGCAAGUUCACUUAUUUCCAGGUGAUGCGUGCUUGUAUCCAAUACAAGGAUGACAAAUACGCGUGUCUCAUAGAUCGUGACAUUCAAUAUACAUUGUUUCCCGAAAUACUCCAUUUUCACAAUCGUACAAUUGCGUGAUAGGGCUCACGAAAUAAGAGUAAUUAGAUAUAAUUUAAAUAAUGCAAUGAUUAUAAUUUUUUUCGUGAACAGUUUAAAUAAUUGAAAAUUGAAAAUGGCUUGACAAGAAUAAUUUUCAUUGAUUCCAACAUUUAUAAUGCACAAUCACUGAUCUGAAUUUUUAUGAUCCAGAAUGCAAUUUCAACGAAUGCAAUAUAAGAAAUGGCUUCUUACCGCAGAGUUAAUCAAACAAUCGCGUCGAAAAUUAACAUAAAUGACAUCUAUAAAUUUCAUGAUGAGAUCAUGAUGCAAGUAGACAUGGUGUGUUCUUCAAAUUCAAAUAAAA